AUGCACUUCACAUCUCUUACCUUUUCACUUCUUUUGCAGGGCGCCAUUGCUUUGAAUGUUGGCCCAGAGUAUAGUCAUCCGAUAGAAGACCUCGACGUCGACCUUCCAUUCUCUCAGCCGGUCACAUUCGCCCACUUGGAAUGGCAAAGGUGUCUCGCAGAAUCUCAUAAUAAACCCCUCGACAUCGCCGUUCUUGGAUUCCCAUACGACACCUCAACAUCAUACCGCCCCGGCGCAAGAUUCGGUCCUCGAGGCAUCCGCGCAGGAUCGGCGCGCGAAAAGAAAGGACGAAGCUACAACACCGUGUGGGAGGUGGACCCGUAUGACGAAGGACUUGAAAUCAUCGACUGUGGAGAUAUUCCGAUUACACCAUUCGAUGCCGCGCACGCAUUUAAGCAAAUGGAACAGGGUUACAGACAGGUUCUCUACCACCCGACGUCCGAGGGGAACUCGUGGGAGCAUCCGCGGAUCGUGAGUCUCGGUGGCGAUCACUCGAUUGUCUUGCCUAUUUUGCGAUCAUUGAAACAUGUCUAUGGGCCCAUCUCUGUUAUUCACUUGGACUCGCAUCUUGACACUUGGGAUCCUUAUGAGGGUUAUACUGGGAUCGCGUCGAACCAGUCGGCAAUUACGCAUGGGACUUUCUUCUGGCAUGCGAGUCGGGAGGGAUGUAUUUCCAAGGGGACGAGUGUCCAUGGAGGGUUAAGGACGAAGCUUUUUAGUCCUAAAGACUACGAGAUCGACCAGAAUGUUGGAUUUACGAUUAUUGAGGCUCACGAGAUUGACGAUAUUGGCAUGUCUGGGAUCAUUGAAAAGGUCCGGAGUGUUGUCAAAGAUACUCCUACUUAUCUUUCCAUUGAUAUUGACGUCCUCGAUCCGAGCAUCGCCCCUGCAACCGGAACACCCGAAUCUGGCGGCUGGACCACCCGUGAAUUAAAGCGGUUCAUCAAAGGCCUCGAGGGUGUGAAUCUUGUUGGUGCCGAUGUAGUGGAAGUCAGCCCGCCAUAUGACACUGUUGCUGAGACUACUUCGAUCGCUGCUGCGGAUUUGAUCGUUGAUAUUCUCGCAUCCAUGGCGAAGUUGAAGACAGGACCCAAGGCGAAGACGGCAACUUCGAAAGAUGAAUUGUAA